AUGGUCUUCUCUCACCUUCUCCUCAGGCGCCUAAAAUGCCACCCAAUUGCAAUACCUCACCGCUUCCUCCUCUACAAAAUUCCCAAAAAACCCUUAUCUUCCCUCUCCAGUUCGGAUUCCGCACAAUCCAAUCCCGCCCCCGUCACCGCGCAACCCACCUCCUUGUCAGCUCGGAUGAGCUUCGUCUUCGAACAAAUUGACGCCAUCGAUAAACAACGGGCCGAAAAGGACCAAACUUUGCAGCGCAUCCGCGCUUGGCGCGAAUCAAAGAAGCAAAACCCCACUGAGCCAAACCGGGAUUCAUCCAAGGCUGACUCAGAAGUGGAACUUCAGUCUGGAUUUGUACAAGAGAUUAAGGAUGAGAAUAGUAGUGAAGGGUUGUCAGCGAAUGUGAAACGGGAGGUGGAGUUGGUGCACCCGUGGCCGGAGUGGAUAGAACUUCUGGAGAGGCUGGUGCAGCAGAAUUAUUUUGAUCACAGGAGGAAAGAUGAGGAUGGUAUGAUGGAAAAGUUAGGCUUCGAUGUAUCUGAAGCUGCUGAGGACAAAGUAGCUGAUUUUACCCGGGAUUUUAAGAGUGUACAGACUGCUGUCCUCAAUUUCGGCAAAGACCGCUUCGAUAUCUUGAGGUCAUUGUCAAGACAGGAUAUCCAAAUAUUGGUUGGUUAUGGAUGCCCUAGUACAGACAAAAGGGUGGUUUUUUCUGCAAAAUUGUUGAGGAAGCAUGUGCAUUUAGAUGAAGGAGAUGUCUGCAGUUCCUGCAGUUUGAGGAGUUCUUGUGAUAAAGCAUAUCUUCUCACAAAUAAAGAGGAUGAACCAAGGACUAUUGAUGUCAUGCGAGUCCUACUGACAUAUGGUUUUGAUCCAGUGAAUGGAUCAGUCAAUAAUAUGUCCCUUUUGAAAAUGAAAUCUGUGAAGACUGUUGUCCGUAAGUUGAUCCAUGAGGUAGUCAAGUUAGGUUCAGUUCCCAUAGAUCCAAAUCUUCCUCCGCCUGUUAUUAAGAAGCCUCCGCCGAAGGUGAAGCAACCACCUCCCCCUCCAAAGAAGCGAGUCGGACGUGAUGACAUUGAAAUGAAAAAGGGCGAUUGGCUUUGUCCGAAGUGCGACUUUAUGAACUUUGCGAAAAAUACUGUCUGCCUGCAAUGUGAUGCCAAGCGCCCUAAAAGGCAGUUGCUUCCAGGGGAAUGGGAGUGCCCCCAGUGCAAUUUCUUGAACUAUAGGAGAAACACAGUAUGUUUUCAUUGUGAGCACAAUCGCCCAGCUGAUACAUAUACAGAGCCCCAAUUUCCCGAAAAGCGAAAUGGUAGCAGGUUCAGGACGGAAAAGAUCUCUAGCAGGGAAGAGGUUUCUAAUGCAUGGAAUUUUGAUUUUGAUGACAAUGAAUCGGAUGGAGCAGAUGUAGCUUCAUUUGAGUAUGCUGAUUCUAAGAAACCGGGUGAUGAUUUUCCGUUAAGUCGGCAAGCCAUUGGCGAAAUUUCUAAAGGAAAUGAAGAUGGUUUCUACAAAAGCAGCAGGCCUCCAAGGAUGGAUGAACCAGAGUAUUCCAAUAAGCCUAGAACAGGAUUCAACGAUUUUGAUGAUGAAGAUGAUGUUGACAAUUACGAGUUAGAUACUCGAAAUGACGCGUUGAAGACUUCUCGAAUAGAUUUCUCCGAACUUGAAUCGGACUCUGAAUCUGAAGAUAUAGAAAGCAAUGACAGGAAUAGGAAUGCUCAUGGUAGAACUAGUUCUCGAAUGCACAGUAAGAAACCAUCACAUCACAAAGGGUCAUUGUCUGGCUCUGAGGAUGCUGAAGUAGACUUUGAUUCGGAUGAUGACCUUCCAGUUCAUCCGAAUUGGAAAUCAACCCAUGUUGCUAAUUUUAAACAAAGAACUAGAGACAGACGUGCCCUAAGUUUUGGUUCAGACGAUGACCUUGGGUACAGCUCAGGCGGGGAUAAAACUUUUAAAUCCAGGCAAAAUGAAGGAAAAAACUGGGGUUCUAACAGAAUUGCAUUUGAAAGACGAGGAAGAUCUAAUAUUGGAGCUGAACCUUUUUCUGACUCAGAAUCUGAUGAUGACCUAGGUUAUCGUGGAGAUGAACGAAGAGGUAAAAAAGCAGGCCUGAAUCGCCAAGGAAAAUCUUUAACUGGCCGGAGUAUGAUGGGGUAUCGGAAAAACUCUCCGAGGGAUGAUGUUAACAGAUCUUCCCAAGGUCCUCGUUAUGAUAGAGGUACUCGAGAGAAUGGUUACGAGCAUGGAAUGAAUGCUAGAGAUAGUGGCUCGGCGAAGUUCCGAAGCCUGAGACGAGGUGGAUCAUUUAAUAAGCAAGGAGGAAAAUCUGAUAAUUUUGGUAAUCGAUCAGACAGUUAUCUGGACGACGAGAGAUACCGGAGACCAAGGGUAAAUGUACGAUGA